UAAGUAAGUACUGCUGAAGUCUGUUUUCUCCUUCUGACUCUAAAGUAAUGUUUAUUGGUAAUUCACCAAGGCUUCUAUGUAUAGUUGAGUUUAUAUAAAAGAAUAAUAUUUCCGAGCAAGUCAACAUAACGGUCGGUUCUGUUUUUCAUCAAAAAGUUAACACAGACAGUGCAAUAUUACAAGCAGAUAUUAUGAUGUUACGAUUUAAAGCAACUGAGUCUAAAUAUUGUUUUGAAAAGCCGUUUGCUUACGUAUCAUCAAAAUAUAAGUAGACUAUACAUGUACUAAAAAGAACAACUUUUUAAAGUUUUAUAUCCUUGUGAUUAUUGUCUGAAAAUUUCUUACAAUCUUCAUGUAAAAUUUUAGAUUUCUCAUUAUCAUUACAUAGAUUCUAACACCAGAUAGAACAUAUUACAAUGCUAGAUCAAACUUUAGUUUGUUACAAAUGCCACAGCGUCAUUAACAUGAUAUUUAUUUAAACGUAGAGCACAUAUUUAAAACUGCAAAUGGUACAUAUGAAUUAGAAAAUUAGGCAUAAAGUAGCAAAACUGCUAUACCAAAAGAAAAUAUUGCAUUAUUAUAAUUAUUUAUUUACCAAACUUAUAUAGCGCCCUUUUCAUAUACACGUUCAAAGGCGCUUUACGGUGAUAUACACUAAAUUACUAAAUAACAAUUAACACUAUCAUCAAUAAAAGUAAAAAAGUUUUAAAACAAUAAAUGUAAAACAUAUUAAAAAAACAAUUGUGUAAAAAUGUAAUAUUAAACUAGCCGUUUGAAGUUCAAACAUUAAAUAUCAAAGUCAUACGAUAAAAAAAUGCAUGUGCAAAUUUUCAUAUUAUUUCAUAAACCAGGCAGCAGUUGAAGCCACGAUUGAUAAAUUCCAGAGGAUAGAUUGUCUAGUGAACAAUGCUGGUUGGCACCCACCUGCAAGAACUAUAGACGGGUUUUCGUCAGAGGAAUUUCGAAAGUUGUUGGAUUUAAAUCUUAUAGGAUACUUCCUUGCUUGUAAGUUUGCUUUGCCUUAUAUUCGAAAGACAAAGGGUUCAGUAGUAAAUAUAUCUAGUGGAGCUUUCACGGUCGGUCAACCUGACGCAGUGACGUAUGUUGCUACAACGGGUGGAAUUGUUGGUAUGACACGUGCUCUUGCAACAGAUGAGGGAAGGCAUGGUGUACGAAUGAAUUCGAUAUCGCCUGGAUGUGUUUGGACACCUUUAUUCGAAGAAUGGGCAAAAACAGCAGAAAAGGGAGAGAUGGAACAAAUAAAAGAUAUAAGUAUUCUGUGACGGUUUGCCGAUCCACGUGAGAUCGGAAUGGCAUGCCUAUUUUUAGCAGCUGAUGCAACUUUUACAACCGGUGAAGAUCUUAGUUGUACUGCGGGA